AUGGACCAUCCACUACUGGAGAAACUGCCGCCCCAGCUGGGAAACUAUGUGCUGCAGGAGAUCCUUGGAUAUGGAACCUUUGGAAUUGUUGUUCGAUGCUUGAACACCAGGACUGGAGAAAUUGUGGCACUCAAAAUAUUUGAAAACAACAGUGAGGAUAUGGAGAGAGAACUUGGUAUCCUCCAGCAUCUGAGCAACAGCAUAGAUCCAGACAAAGUGAACAUCAUCAAAUGCUUUGAGCAUUUCCGACAUGAGGAUUAUGAGUGCAUUGCCUAUGAAGUUCUGGACCGCAGUUUCUAUGACUUCAUCAGGGAGCGUCAAAGGCCUUUUGCACUGAGCGAGUUGAGACCCAUAACUCAACAACUCCUUGUGGCCUUUGAGGCGCUGACGGAGGCACACGUGGUUCAUGCUGACAUGAAACUAGACAAUAUAAUGUUAGUUAACCACAAAGAUCAGCCUUAUAAAGUGAAGCUGAUUGACUUUGGCUGCGGAGGCUUCUUCUCCGAGCUGGAACAGGGCAUACGCAUUAUGACAGAUGGGUAUCGUGCUCCGGAGGUGACCCUAGGUGCUCCACUGUCUGGGGCAUUGGAUAUGUGGACCCUGGGCUGCUGCUUAGUAGAGGGCUUCUUGCACUGCCAACCUUUCUCCAACAUGUCUGACUAUGACAACCUAAGGACCAUCAUUCGCUUGGUAGAACAACCCAGCAAUGAGAUGCUCAACAGAAGCUUGUAUGCUGAAAAGUGCUUUCUUGAAAGUAGAUCCCAGUGGUCUUUGAAGACACCCUUUGAGUACCAGGCCUCAAACUGGAAAAAGCCUGAUAUUGGUGUGAGUCCUUUGGAUGACGCUCCAAAUCUUGAGGCCGCGAUUAUGUACGGCCAUGAAAAUAUGGACGAGGAUGUGCAGUCGGACCUGAGGCCUUUAUGGAUUUACUUAAAAAUCUGCUGCAGACGGAUCCAGAGAAGAGGAUAA